CGUCUGCCUUCCAGGACCCUGGGCUGCAGACGCCCCACAAACGGAAGGACUUUGACCCCCGGGUUUUAUCAUUAAUGACCAGGCCCCGAAGACAGGAGGAUCUCUCUGUGCCUGUUCCAUCAUCGUCCACCGCUCAAUGGCCUCCGGCAAGAAACCACUGCAAGGCCUGGUGGCCGCCACCAUCACGCCCAUGACAGAGCUCGGGGAGGUGGACACCGGGGUCAUUGGCCGGUAUGUGGAUUACCUCGUGCAGGAGCAGGGAGUGAGAAGUGUGUUUGUGAACGGCACCACGGGAGAAGGUCUGUCUCUGAGCCUGGCAGAGCGCCGCCUGGUGGCCGAAGAGUGGGUCACACAGGGGAAGAACAAGCUGGACCAAGUGGUCGUUCACGUGGGCGCCCUGAGCUUGAAGGAGUCCCAGGAACUGGCUCGACACGCAGCAGACAUCGGCGCUGACGGGAUCGCGGUCAUGGCUCCUUUUUUUCUCAAGCCCGGGAGCAAAGAUGCCCUGGUGAGCUUCCUGGAGGAGGUGGCCGCCGCAGCUCCCACUCUGCCCUUCUACUACUACCAUAUUCCAGGCAUCACAGGGGUGAAAAUCCGUGCCGAGUCCCUGCUGGAGGGAAUCCAGGAGAAGAUCCCCAACUUCCAGGGGCUGAAGUUCAGCGACUCGGAUCUGCUGGACUUCGGGCAGUGCGUGGACCAGAACCAUCACGGGCGUUUGGCCCUCCUGUUCGGCGUGGACGAGCAACUGCUGAGUGCGCUGAUGAUGGGGGCCACCGGAGCUGUGGGCAGCACCUACAACUACUUGGGGAAGCAGACCAGUCAGAUGGUGGAGGCUUUCCAGCGGAAGGAUUUCUCCUCUGCACAGAACUACCAGUUUUGCAUCCAGAGGUUUGUCAGUUUUGUCAUCAAGCUGGGUUUUGGGGUGGCCCAGACCAAAGCCGUCAUGAGCCUGGUGUCGGGGAUCCCCAUGGGCCCCCCGAGGCUGCCCCUGCAAAGGGCCUCUCCGGACUUCAUUCGUCUCGCCGAGGCCAAGCUGAAGAGCUUGGGUUUCCUUUCUUCAGCUGGUGCCGAGGAUGAAAACUCAGAGGCCUGAGGCUAGCGACUCUCUCUGGAAGCUGGUUUUCUUUCCUGGCUCCUU